UGUCAGCCACCCAACCACCUCACCAACCAAAAACCUCAUCACUUGUAUAUAAUCCCAUCAAACCAACCCAUGUCACUGGCCUCAAAAGCCCAUCAUUUUCAAGUUUCAACACCCCAAAAAAAAAAGAUGCAAGUUAACGUUCAAGAAACCAUCACAAUUUAUCCCUCCAAAACUCCGUUCACAGACGAUCACGUCCUCCCACUAUCCCACCUCGACACCGACCGGAACCUCCACGUCACCUUCCGAUAUCUCCGGGUUUACUUGAACUCGGACGCCCAGCAGCAGCAGCCCAAGAAACCCGACUCCGAUCCGUUCCACGUCAUCACAACAGCCCUCUCAGCUGCACUCGUCCAUUACUACCAGUUCACCGGCAGCUUCAGCCGCCGGGAGCCGGAUGGUCGUCUGGAGCUCCAUUGCCAAGUGGGUCGUGGAGUUCCUGUCAUUCGGGCCAGGGUUGACUUCCCAUUGAGCGAGGCUGAUUAUAUUGAUGACGAUCCGGAUGAGAGCUUCGUGGAGGCUCUUGUACCCGACCCGAACCCGGAUGAAGUCAUUUCCCACCCGAUGACUUUGCAGGUCACCGCGUUCAAGUGUGGCGGGUUUGUUCUCGGGGCGGCGAUUCAUCACUCGUUGUGUGAUGGACUCGGGGCGACUCAGUUUUUCAAUCACAUGGCUGAGUUGGCUCGUGGGGCGAGUGAGAUCAGGGUUGAACCGGUCUGGGACCGGGUGAAUUUGCUUGGGCCUAGGAACCCGCCACGGGUCGAGUUUCCGGUUCAGGAAUUUUUGAGUCUUGACCGGGAUUUUCCGCCAUAUUCGGAGAAGACCGGACGGGUUGUUAGGGAGUUUUUCAAUGUGAAGGAUGAGUGGUUGGACCGGCUCAAGGGUAUUUUAUUAGAGCUGUCCGGUUCGAAAUUUACCACUUUUGAGGCUUUGGGUGCUUUUAUCUGGCGUGCUAGAGUUAAGGCCUCUGGGAUCCCAUCUGAUGAGAAAGUUAAGUUUGCAUAUGCAAUCAACGUAAGAAAGCUAGUCAAGCCACCGCUACUAGCAGGAUACUGGGGAAAUGGCUGUGUUCCAAUGUAUGUUCAGGCCAAAGCCGGAGACCUUGUCGAUCAACCGAUAUAUAAAACAGCAGAAUUGAUCAACAAGAGCAAAUACAAUGUCUCCGAUGAAUAUGUUCGAUCGUUUAUCGAUUUUCAGGAGCUACAUUAUCAUGAAGGAAUCACAGCAGGAGCAAAGGUGAGUGGAUUUACUGAUUGGAGACACUUAGGCCAUUCCACAGUGGACUUUGGUUGGGGAGGUCCUGUUACAGUUUUUCCUCUGUCAAGAAACCUACUUGGAAGUGUUGAGCCCUGUUUCUUUUUGCCCAAUUCUUCAGCAAAUGCAGGGAAAAAGGAUGGCUUUAAACUCUAUGUAUAUUUGCAAGAACAUGCUGUGUCAGGUUUCAGAGAAGACAUGGAUAAAUUGAAGAAUUUAGAGCCUGGAUUCCUUUGAAUGAAAGGGUUUCUUGUUAUCUUUGUCUAUAUUUCUGUCAAAUUCAAGAGGUUUCAACUUUGUGAGAUUGGCAAGUGUUGUGAAUGGGAAGUUGAAGGCAAACAAUUUUUAGUGUGUUUGGUAAUAAAGUCAAAUUCAACAGGUCAAA